AUGCCAAGGGCGAGGCCCCGUCAAGCCGGCCUGGCGCUGGUGUCUGAUCUCUCUGAGGAGUCCUUUGCGGAAUUUCUUCUUAAGGUUUCAAAGAAGCCGAAGGCUGGAGUCGAGGGCAUCGCCGAACUUACCAGGCAGCAGCUCCUAAAUGUCUGCACAGCUCUGGCGCUGCAAGUUGAGAAAGCGGUGCCUGCGGCCACCGACAUCUUGGCUGAGGGGGACAUACGGGCAGCUGAGGAGGCCAUCCUCAUACUCCAUGGUGCAGCCGCUCUGGCACUGGACCUCCUGACACACAGCCAGCAGCCGCCCCCCGAACAACUCCUCGACGCUGCUGUGAUACUCCAUGAUGGCGUGCUCAUUACAGACAUGCAUCCCGUGUUGGAGAAGUUGCAAAUGGAGAUGCAGGAUGCUGUUAUGCGGUUGUGCUGCGUCUGGUGGGAGCGCCAGCUGCCCGGUAACGAGUCCUUGGUGGCGCGGACCAUUCCAUAUGCGCUGCUCCGGGCGAUCCAGAGCCUGGAUCACAACCGCACGUCCAUGGUGCACAUGUGCUACAUCGUUCGGGGUGCCCUGGAGCUGCUAGAUUUUGAGGAUGAGACCAUUCGUGAUACGAAGCGCCUGCUGCUGUGCGCCGCCAUGCACCCGUCCUUCCUGCGGGAGCCGGAGGGCCGCCGCUUCAUCGCCGGGCUGUUCAAACUGGAGCCUCAGAUGACCCAGGAGCUUGGUGCCAUCCUGCGGAACCAGAUUCCAUCGGGUCAGCGCUUCGCGCUGGAGGCGUACGGCGAGAUCCUGUUCCGGGCGUGGAGGGACACCGUGGGGCCCUGUGCGGCGGUGGUCGAGGCGGAGUUGCAGGGACUGAUGCAGGCUGCGAUCCUGGCGAGCACACCGGCCUUGGCUGGGGCGUUGCGGAUCGUGCUGAACGGCCUUCACAGCAAAAGGACCCUUGAGAAGCGCCUCAAUCCGGCACUCGUGCGGCUGUACGAUCCCAUCCUGCCGCGGGCCUUUGGUGCGGCCAACGCUGAGGUACGGCGCAACGCCGUACACCUGCUGGUGGCGGCCUUCCCCAUCAUCGACACCGAUGCCCCCCGGGAUGUCAACAACGUCCGACUGACGCAGCAGCUGGGAUUCCUGAUGGACGGCCUGGCGGACCCAUGCCCCUUCGUACGAGAGGCGGCCGUGGAGGGGUGCUGUCGCUGUCUCAAUUUCUUCUGGGAGAUUGUUCCUGCUCCCACUAGCGCCAAGAUGAUCAGCGAGAUGACUUGCAAACUGGCGUAUGACGGCUCCUCACGGGUUGUACGCAUCGCGGUCCUGCGGGGCCUGUGUAAGCUCGUAGAUAGCCAACACGCGCAGCCGGUCCUUAAGAAAGCGCUGCCUGAGAUCUCAGGGCUGCUGCAGGACAGGGACCCUGGGGUCCGUGAAGCGCUGGCUGACCUGUUGGUGGCGGUCAGCGGCUCCCGUGGACUGCAGUUCUGGGGCGUGGUACCCCCGGAGGAGUUGCUGGAAGUGAUUGCGGUGGACAAGGCACCCGGGGUGACGCGCAAAAUCUCCAAGAUGCUGGUGCCCAGCUUCUUCCCAAACGCGCAGGAGGGCUCGGCGCGCCUGGGUGCACUGCUUCGAUCGAAGCCCGCUGCAGGGCUGUCUUUUUGCCGCAACAUGGUGGCUCGCUUCUACCCACGCGACCCAGGGGUCAUGGGCCAGGCCUCAUCUAGCACGGAGUUCACCGGGUCAGUGCCCCUGGAGCAGAUCCUGCAGUUCGCCAGCCAACUGGCGGCACACCUGCUGGCCACGGCACCGCGCCUGGGCUCUUCAACUACAGCAGCCGCCGCGCAGCAACAGACAAAGCGCAAUGGAAAGGCCAAGGCAGCCAAACGCCAAGGCAAAGCGGGAACGAAGCGCGCGAAGAAGAAAGCCCCUGCGCCCCCCAGCAGUAGCUCUGACGGAGAGGGCCGCGGUGGGGAGCAGCAGGCAGCAACCGACGCCGGAGCUGACAACGGCGUCGCCGCCGCGGCGCGAAAUCAGACAGAGGACGAUGAGGAUGUGGUUCUUCAGGAGUGCAGCGCCAAGGAGCUGGAGGAGGCAGUUCCAGGGCAGACCAUGAUGCAGCUGCUGAAGGUCGCGGAGGAGCAGUUGCGAAAGCCCCAAGCAGUGCAGCUGGUGCUCCAAAUGGUGGCAUCACUUCACUUCACGUCCGGCGCGAAGCACGUGCGAGCCACCCUGUUCGAGCGCCUGGCGGCGGGAACAUUGCCAGGCUGCAAGGCGGCGGCUGGGGACGACGAAACCAUGGAGCUUGACGGUCAUCGGGGUCCUCAAGGCCACGACGUGGGGAUCCUUUCCCAGAUGCUCAAGACGCUCGCAACGGGCUCCAACGCGCCCAAGCUGGCGGCACUGCUGGCGGCGGCAUUGGGCGUGCGGGAGCCAUUGCCUCUCCGCAAGCCAGUGGCGUCGAAGAAAACGGCCAAGGCGGCCGCGGGCGACAGGGAGGGCCGCAGCGCGCUGGAUCAGCUCCUGGGUGGGAGCGGCGGCGGCAUGGGGUUGGACGGGCAUGGUCGCAACUGCGACGAAUGUGAUGACGACAUGAUCUGCCUUGGCUGCAAGAUGCUUGGUUCUGCUGGCAGUGAGGGCCGUGCGCUGCUAUGCGGCCACCCGGACUGCAAUGCCAUUAUCCAGGCCAUGCAGCAACUAGCCUUAGCCGAGGCGGACGAAAUCUUCCGCCUGGCGCAGACGGGCGCCGCCGACGAGGCGGAUAGCCCGGCGGCUACACAACAAGACAGCGACGGUGCUGCACUCUUGGGCGACCCAUGGGGUGCUCUCUCCCGCUACUGCCGAGCGGCGCUGCACCGGGCCAUGGCGGCACUCUACCAGCAGUGCAACGGCGGCGGCGGCGAUGGCGACGAUGCAGAUGACGUUAACGGGAUGCGGACUCCGGCAUCUGCGGGCCGCAAGAACCGCCGCAGCCGUAGCCGCCUACGCAAUGGGUCGGAAUCAGGCGGGGAGCAGCCUGCGCCGUCGAAGGCGGCGGCGGAGGCGGAGGCGGAGACACCGGGCGGCGGCGGAGCGGCGGCGGAGGCUGCGCUGAGCGGAUUUUUUGAGGUCGUGCCGGUUUUGGAGCUGGCUAUGCAGGCGUGUGGCCGCCUUACGGAGCUCGUCUUGGCGGAGCCCUGCGUGACAGCGCAGCUGGCGGCUCUGCAGUACAGCCAGGGUCUGCUCCGCGUACUCCAUGUCGUGCACCAGACCGAGCUCCUCAACAUCAGCGGCCAGUACGUCUCCACGGUAUCGUGUCUGUGCAACGCCCAGGCUGUGCUGGCGCACACGGUGCUCAGCGGCCUUGCCGACCAGCCGGCCGGCGGCUCACCGCAGCAGCAGACCUGCCUGGCUGCUACUCUCCACGUCCUGCUGGGCCUUGCGCAGCAAAUGACGGACGCCGUCCGCAGCUGCGGCGCAGCCGCAGCCGCCAAUUGCGAUGACGAGGGUCGAUCGCCAUCGGGCAGGAGGACGGGCGCGGAGGUGGCAGCAUCUUCGGAAGAGGGUGCUGAUGCGGACAUGGGGCCGGGGACGACUGGCGAGGAACGUGAAGGCGAGCUGCCGCCGCCGGGUGUGGCAGUGGAGGCGCUGCUGACUUCCCUGAUGCUGCUGCUGUGCCAUGGGGCGGUGGAGCCGAUACUCAAAGGACCUGUCCGCGCGGGCGCGGCCGUCCUGAUCGCCGAGUUGCUCGCGACGACACACCGGGUCUCCAGCAGCAGCUGGCUGGGCACCCUCUGCCGGUUAGCGGGUCAAGCGUUGGCUAGCGACCCGCGGGUCGCUGUGGAGCUCCAGCAGGUGCUGCUGCGGCCACCUCGAGCCCAGGAGGCGGCGGAGGGCGAUGGAGGUGGUGAAGGCGAUAUAGCUGAUGACCGGGGAGCGGACGGGGAGGCUGCAGGUGGCAAUGGUGGUGAAGGCGCUGCUGCUGCUGUGCGUCCAGUGCGCCGCCGCGCGCGUGGCAUCGGUGGACAGAAGAAGGAGGCAACGGCGGCAGCCACAGCCGCAGCGAAGGCGCUGCAGGACGCAUCGGCUAAGGUUUCGGAGCUGCUCCUGCGGGAGAGUCAGGCGGUUGGCACCGUGGCGACGGUGCUGGUGCGUGUGUGUGUGGCGCGCAAGGUACACGGUCGUGCUAUGCUGUUGCUGGCCCGGUUGGCGGGCAAGGCGCUGAUCCGUGCAGCCGCCGCGGGCAACUCACCUGGCGAGGAGGAACCGGCCAAAGAUGCGGCAACCGGUGACGUUGAGGCCCACGGCUUGAUGGCCUUAGGUGCGACCGCCCUCCUUACCUUAUGCCAGGCUGCCUGUCCUGACGCCGCCGCGGCGCCGCAACAGAACCAUUCGCGCCAGUUGGGUCCACGGGCCCGCUGCGGGGCGCUCGCACAGGAGGCGGCGGCGCAGGCGGCACGCGCAGAGGCGGAGGCGGCCGCCAAGGCCCUGGACGUACUGCAACGUACGGUGGCGGCGGCAGCACCGCCGCCACAAAGCCAGGAUAAGCGAGCACAGGCACCAGAGCUGCAGCCGCAGGACGGCAGCAUGGGACCGCAAGCUGAUAAUGACCGGAUGGGGGGCGGUGACGACGCCGCGGAGGCGGAGGCCGAGGCAGCGUUAGUGGCGGCGGCGGAUCUGCCGAUUGGGCUGUUGCAGGCACGACUCCUGGCGAGGCAGCUUGAAAGGAGGAGUUGCUUCGAGGCAGCGCGUCUUAUUGUUAUUGUGGUUUAG